AUGGAUCCUAAUAGGAUACUGGAAGUCCAUAUAUGGGGAAAGAACAAUCAGGUGGCUAAAAUAGAUGCGCAAUGCCUUGCCAUAGCGUGGUAUUUGAGUCUCACAUGUAGCAAGUUGAACAAUGUCAAGCUAGUAGCCAGUUGUAAUGGCUCAAUCUCUCCAACGGGAAGAUUACCAGUACUGGUAGACUACGAUCGACAGCAGACACAGCUGAAGCACAAAGUGGUAGGAUAUUUAGACAUAGUGAGAUACCUGGAGACUCAAUACGAAUUGACAUUGGACGAAUUAAGCCCAGAGAAUCAUCUGAUCAAUGAGGGUGCCAUAGAAUACAUUCUGAAGACUAUCGAAACAACGACCAUGUACACGUUAUUCGUCAACAAGGAAAAUUAUGAAGGCUAUAGCAGAUCCAUAUUUUCUCAGUAUUUGCCCUUUCCCAUGCAGUAUUCUGCGCCGUUAUUCUUUAGGAAGUUGAGUUAUGAAAGAUGUCAAGGAAUUGGACUGCUAAAGGGAAAUACUACGGUGGAGGAGGACUUGGAUGAUGACAAUGAGGAGUAUUAUAUCCAAGAGUUGAAAGAAAUGAACAAAAAAUUAUCGCAAACAGGGAUCCGGAUGGGAGGCCUGUACGAGCGGCAGCAGCGGGAUAAAUUGAAUGAGUUAAUGGUAAGAGAGAAUACGCUCACAAACAUGCGCUGUAUCUAUCUUUUGGGGCAGUACAUUGAAACUGUCCUUAGCAUGCAGGGAGAGAAUAUAGUUAGUGAUGAUUCAGUUGGGAAUUCUGAGAAAGAGACGGAUGAUUCAACUAGUAGUCAUAUACAUCUUCCAAAUGAAACCUAUUCGUUUGGUAGUAAACUGUCCAGCUGUGACAUACUACUCUUUGCAUGCGUUUCCAUAUUGACUUUUGAUGAACUUCCCAAUAAGAGCGUGCAUGGAUUUGUAACUAACAACUUUCCAAAACUGGUCUCAACAGUGGAGGAUUUCGAACUUGCAAUCAACCAUCGGUUACUAGAUUUUGAAAAGGUCGUCUCGCCAGCUCCUUCACAAGUUCCAACGCUAACCAACACAAUCAAAUCAUACGUUGUAGAUCUGUAA